AGUAAUAAGAAUUUGAGGUUAUGCUUAUGCUGUUAUGCUUUUAUAAAACAAAUGAUAGUAUUUAGGCUGGGCCAUUAGCAAUUUAUGUUCAAAGCAUUAAAUUUGUCGAGAUAGUCAUGAAUGAGAGCAUUGUGAAAAUUGAACCAGAACAAGAAGAAGAAUUAAAUUUGUCCCUAGAAAAAAACAUGGUUUUAAGUAAUGUAAUUGUAAAAGAGGAACUAAAUACUACUACCAGUAGAGAAUAUUGUAGAGACCAGUGCAACAGUGACGAAAUGCAGCUACCACAUUAUUCGUCGGAUACUGUAAAAGUCUUUAAAUGGGCCUACGAAUCAAACGUAAAGAAAUGUUUGAAAGAACAUGGCUUACAACACACGUCUUUUGAAGAGUUGAAAUGUGACAUUUGUAAUUACACAAUAUAUCGUAAGGGCGAUUUGAAGCAACAUCUCUUAACACACAAACUUUCUGAAGGUUUUAAGUGUGACGUUUGUGAUUAUGUCACGAAUAGUAAAGCUAAUUUGAGGAGACAUGCCUUAAUACACAAUCGAUCUCAAAAUUUUAAAUGUGAAACUUGUGAUUAUACCACAUAUGUGAAACACUAUUUGAAAAAACAUGUCUUAAAACACAAAGCUUCUAAAGAUUUUGAAUGUGCGGUUUGUGGCUUUGCCACGAGUGUAAAGGGCAAUUUGACAAAACAUUUCGUGAUACACAAGCAAUGUAAGGAUUUUAAAUGUGACAUUUGUGAUUACGCAACAUAUCGCAAAGGCGAUUUGCAGCACCAUCUCUUAAAACACAAAGCUUCUAAAGAUUUUAAGUGUGCCGUUUGUGAUUAUGCCACAUGUAGUAAAAGUAAUUUGAGAAGACAUGUCUUAAUACACAAUCGAUCCAAAGAUUUUAAAUGUAACUUUUGUGAUUAUGCAGCAUAUUGUAAAGACAAUUUGAGUAAACAUAUCUUAAUGCACAAUCGACCUAAAGAUUUUAAAUGUGUAAUUUGUGAUUAUGCCACAUACAGAAAAGUCAAUUUGAAACAACAUAUCAUAAAGCACAAUCAGUCAGAAUAUUUUAAAUGUAACUUUUGCGAUUAUGUCACAUUUAGUAAAGACAAUUUCAGAAAACAUUUUGUCAUACACAAACGAUCUAAAGAUUUUAAAUGUGACAUCUGUGAUUACUCAACAUACCGUAAAGGCGACUUAAACAAUCAUCUCUUAAGACACAAAGUUACUAAAGAUUUUAAAUGUGAUGUUUGUUAUUAUGCCACCUAUAGUAAAAGCAAUUUUAGAAGACAUGUCUUAAUACACAAUCGAUGUAAAGAAUUUAAAUGUGGAAUUUGUGAUUAUGCCACGUAUAGAAAGGACACUUUGAAACAACAUAUCUUAAAACACAAUCAAUCUAAAUAUUUUAAAUGUAACAUUUGUGAUUAUUAUACCAAUAGAGCAGGCGAUCUGAGAAAACAUGUCUUAAUACACAAUUGAUCUACAGAUUUUUAAUGUGACAUUUGUGAUUAUGCGAAUGAAGUUCG